CCCUGCAGCGCGGCCUCCUGGCGGGGAGGGAGCAAGCCCGGUCCUGAGAGGCACUGCUGAGGCGGAGGAGGCAGUCGCAGGGCUUGGGCCUGGCGCUGAGGGGAGCCCGAGCAGGCAGCCCUCUCUCCCUCCCUUCCUUCCUUCCUUCCAGGAGGCAGGCUCUGGCCUGGUUUGGGAGUUGAGACGGCAGAGCGCCAAGGAGGAAGGAGCUGGCCCCCGUUAGUACCGUAUGGUGAUCCUGAUGAAUCUUUUCCACUCUGCUACGAGACGGUUGGUUUCCCAAGUAUAUUGUGGACUUAAACCUGCUUCUUCUAAGAAACAAAGGACCUGCUUUGAAAUGACGCGGCCCAGUUCAAAUGUUGCUGAUUUUCGAGAAGUAUUUGCUAAAGCAAAACAUAUAGCUAUUAUUACUGGGGCUGGUGUCAGUGCAGAGAGUGGUGUUCCAACCUUCCGAGGUGCUGGGGGCUACUGGAGGAAAUGGCAGGCUCAGGAAUUGGCUACUCCAGAGGCUUUUGCAAGAAAUCCUUCUAGGGUUUGGGAGUUCUAUCAUUACCGUAGAGAGCUUAUGUUUACUAAACAUCCAAACCCUGCACACAUUGCUAUAGCAGAGUGUGAGGCCAGGCUUAGCAAGCAAGGCAGGAGCGUUGUGGUCAUCACACAGAAUAUUGAUGAGCUCCACAGAAAAGCAGGAACAAAGCACCUCUUGGAAAUUCAUGGAAGCUUAUUCAAAACGCGAUGCACCAGUUGUGGAAAUGUAACAGCAAAUCACAAGAGUCCAAUUUGUUCUGCUUUGGCUGGGAAGGGUGCUCCAGAUCGUGAUGCAGAAGAUACCCGGAUUCCAGUGGAAGAGCUUCCUCGGUGUGAAGAAUGCAGUGGCCUCUUGCGCCCUCAUGUUGUGUGGUUUGGAGAAACUUUAGAUUCUGACAUCCUGACAGAGGUUGAAAAAGAACUUGAGAUUUGUGACCUCUGUUUGGUGGUUGGGACUUCUUCUAUAGUGUAUCCUGCUGCUAUGUUUGCUCCUCAGGUAUCUGCUAGGGGAGUGCCAGUCGCAGAAUUCAACAUGCAAAGCACUCCAGCAACAGACCGGUUCAGGUUCCAUUUCCCAGGCCCCUGUGGCACUACGCUGCCCCCUGCACUUGCUCGCCAUGAAACGGAGAUCAUCUCAUGAGCAUUGAUCAGAAGCACAAAGAAACAAACAGAACUGUUAAAUUCAACAGUGUGAAAACACUAGAAGGACUUUGAACCGGUAGAGGACACCUUGCUUGUUAUUCAGCAAUGGUAUCUGAACAUCUCACUGAACAAAAGAGAUCAUCGUUCUCCAUCUGAUUACCAGAAUGAGCAAAGCAAAAAAAUAUAUCAAGGACAUCAUUUUUGUUGGAACUAAAACAGUUUAUGUGAAGAGAGGGCCUACAUAUCCAAAUAGCGUAAUAACAAGAUAUUUGGGCUGCGGAGUAUCAGAUUAUGUCUUUAGUCAAUCUUAAACGUCAAGGGACUUUACCACAACUGUAUGCUUCACAGAAUGAUUUUUUGAAUGUAAAAUUCUGAGGGGAAAAUUACAGGAGUCAAUAACUAGAUGGUCAAAUGGCAGCAUUUAAUAAAGUCUACCCACAAGUAUCUUUGCAGAAAACUAAUAAAACAAAGCAGUUUUUCUCAAGAUGAUGGACACUAAAAUAUUCAGGUCUAAGACUGCAUUUAUUUCUAAUCCUUGCUGCUAUGUGACUUCAAGUCAUUUCUAACUUGUGGCAACUCUAAGGUGAACCUAUCACAGGGUUUUCUUGGCAAGAUUUGUUCAGUGGGGCUUUGCCUUUGCCCUGAGGCUGAGAUGAUAUGACUUGCCCAAAGUCACCCAGUGGGUUUCCAUGGCAGAGCAGGGAUCUGAAUAAGUGAUGAUCCAGUGCUCAAGCCACUAUAUCAUACUGGAUCUCAUUUCUGAUUGUAUAAGAGUCAUCGAAUGCCUAUAUGGAAUAGCAUCCACUUGCAUAGUAUAGAUGCCUUGUUCCUUUUCAAUUCUGGACUUGUUUGAAUAUAAUUCUGGGCUUACUUAUUAUAGUCUUUUAAUUUGCUGGUGUCAUUUUAAAAGGACAAAAAUAAAUUUAAAAGGUG